AUGACACCACGCCUCAGUCCAACGGUAAAGUUCAUCUGGUGUGUGAUGGUCCUCCACGCCCCUCUGUGGAGGCCGACAUCGUCCGCCGUCCGCGCGCCUCCCGGAGAACCCUCCACCAUUGAAGCGCAGGCCAAGUUCUUCCAGGAUUUUUUCUCGGUUCAGUUGAGCCCAUACAAGAUAGAGUUCGGUCACGUAUGCGAGGACCCCAACACUUGGGAGCAGCGCUACGAGAAGAAAGACUUUGAGAACCACAGGGACAUGGGCAAAGUACGUUGGGGCGACAAGAAAGGUGGAUAUGGAGAACAUUACUGGGACUUAAACCACGCUGGUAACGCUCACAAUCACGGUGAUGAUGGCUACGAUGACGACGGUUCAUACCACGAAGACCACGACGCAUACGACGAACCCAGCGAACAAUCACCAAACUAUGACACAGAGUAUACUCCCGAUGAAUAUACUGCAGAUAAAUACACUGAAGAAGAGAACACUCUAGAAGAAAAUAAUAGAGCGAAGAGAGCGCAUACGAGACAAUUAGAAGCGCAAAGACAAGAGAGAAUGUACGAAGAACAACCGAAACCUGCACAACAAGAAAAAUACGACGAACCAAAGGAAAGAAGACCGAGAAGGAAAUCACGCAAAAGCAGAAGACAAUACAAAGUUAAUGAAGAAUACACAGAAAAAGAAGUUACAACACAGAAACCAAUAAUCGUAGAUCAAGAAGAAGAUUCGAAAAUAAAGGAAAAAGAGAAAAAUGAUGUAGUGCUUGUUAUAAAUCAUCGCGAUGAAGUAACAACUACUACUACAACAACAACAGCAGCACCACGUUAUGUUCCUUACGAAAGUGGUGCUGGUGUGAGACGUUACCAGGAGGCAACUGCUGCAGCAUCAGUACCCAGGCUGUUCCUAGAAGCUUCUACAGGUCGCAUCGUUGAUCGCACUACAGGCCAGGCGUACGUGUUACAGCCUGUGCAGCACUAUUAG